CAGGUCGAUUUCUGCGAAUAUUGGAAAACCAGAGCUCUAGCUGGCUACUAGUCGGUAAUCCAAAACGUGUUUACCCAAAACUUUUUCAAGUUCAUAGUUGCAAAUUAUCAUAAUUGACAAAAUUUUCGGCUAUAAAUGAGGGUUCCGCACCGGCCGCGUUGUUUAGUCUAUUUCAAGUGCGUACCAAUAUGAAGGCGUUCUACUUGCUCCUGGUUUGCUUCGCCCUUGUGGCUCUGGUGUUUUCCGCGCCCGCUCCCCAGCCGGCUGGCAAUGAUCCCACCGUUUCCGUGCUCCGCUACAGGAACGACCAGGAUCUCGAGGAGAUCAAGCGCGCCAUCAUAGCGCAGUACGAUCACUACGGUGGUACCACCCAAGUACACGCUCCGCAAGUGGCCAGUAUCAUCAACCCCCAAAGCCUAGGAAUCCGAAAUUAAUUUAGCUUCUCGUUAAAACAAUAAAGUUGUUGAAUUUUGUGAAUUUUUAA